GCACAGCGUGACCGGCGCCCGAGAACGACGCUAGAGCGUGCGGUGCGACAGCGACACGUCUGCGGCCCGCUCAACUCCCGCGCCGAUACCGCACUGCUACAGCGUGUAGACCGUCUCGCGCGAACUCUGUGCUACUCAUUAUAUCGUGAUACGAAUCCCGAAGAUCGCUCCGGUGCUACCGUAUUGCCGUUCUGAAGAUUACUCAGCUGGCGACGACCGCGACCACAACCGCGCUACACGCCCAUUACUGGCUGCAUGCAAAGAUAUAAAGAUGUUGUUGCGGCGGGUUGUGACAGCGCUGCUGGCGGUGGCGGCGGGCGCGGCGCUUUGCGGGCGUGCGGACGCGGCCAGUGUCGCCAUGAAGUUGUGCGGACGCAAGCUCGGAGAAAUCCUCAGCCGGGUGUGCAGCGCUUACAACAGCCCAGCCUGGGAUGUACCUACAGUGGUCGAGCAGACGGCGGGUGUGGUGAGGCGACGGCGGGAAACCGGUAUCGUAUACGAAUGCUGCACGCAGGGCUGUACUUUGGAACAUCUCACGGAAUACUGCGCUACUACCAUUAAAGCCACUUCAGAAACCUCGGUGGACUCGCAUAUGAUUGAGGACCGUUCCGCGGAGUCGACAGGCUCGGGGUCGACCGGGGCUGCGGGGGCUGCAGGGAUGGCGACAGCGGCGCGCGCGCCGGCGGCGGUAGGCAGCGAUGUGUACGCGGGUCCGCGCGAGCAGCACAUCAUAAAAAGUGCAGCGCGCGCUGCGCCCGUGGUGGGCACCGUAUCACCCCUGCUGACUUGGGGCAGAACCCUAAACACUGACUUGCCAACGGUCGACAAUGACCGCUACGCGUAUGUUAUAUAUGCGUAAAUAAGAUAAUAUUCGGACAAGAUAAAUAUCCACAGAACGUAUGCAAAUUGAAGUGGGUACUUUGAAGAAGUUUGUGACGUCUCGAACAAGAGAAUAUAAAAAGAUAAAGUGAUGAGAUUCAGUUAUCGUCCAAGCGUUUAAUAUUUAAGUGUGCAUUUAUGUUGAUGUUGUAAUCUGUUUGUGAGUAUAUUUGUUAGAAUUAACUUCAUGAUAAUCUCAUGUACCUACAACUAAUGAUGUUUUGGAAAUGCUUCUAACUGCUGUAUGAUUGCCUUUGGAAUUUUAAACUUUUUGUGAAUCUGUAUCAUGAUACUGCAGCUAGUCAGAGAGCGGAGCAGAAACAAAUUAUAGUAAAAUAACCUCGAUUUAAUUUAAUACAAAAAUUAAGGCCCUUAUUUAAUAUUUUAUCAAGAUGCACCUGUAUAAAGGUUUUUGUUCAAGUUUGUUUUCAGUGAAAACACAAGGUCUAAAGACUACUUUGAUCUAAUGGAUAUUUUGAUAUCCCCUCAUAAAAUGUAUUAAAUUCGAAUAUACGAAAGUAACUAUUUCUU